AACAGAAGAUGCUGAAAGCAUAAUAGUGUUAUAAAAAGUUGAAAUGCUUUCCAAAAUUUCAUUUCCAUCAAUCUCAUCUUCAAGAAUGAGUGAAAAGCCAAGAAAAGGGCACAGGCUAAUACAAGGAAAGCAUGUUUCCAAAAGCUAAAACAAAUGUUGAAAUCUCCCUCAUGAAAUUUGUGAAGUUUACCCUCAUUUCUCAUGCCAAUUUCACAUUAUUUCUCUCUACACUCAUCUCUUCUACAUGCUCGAACCCGAUGUCACAUGAAGUAGCAACAUUUGGACACUACACAACGACGUUGCAUGAAGAUAUAUACUUCUCAGAAAACCUUCUGCUACCUAAAAAGUAUUUUUCUUUCCCAAAGACUUAAAACAUCUACACUUCGUACGUACGUUUGCCUCGAUGCUCUCCAAUCUCAUGAUCAAGCUGAGAACCUCUUUCCCCAAAAUAUUGAACAAAAACAUAUGCAAAUAUGUAGUGAUUUGUGCAGUAUUAGUAGUCUGUGUUGCCUUCAUGUUGGUGUCAAGCCACCCUCGUUGCCAACUGCAAGCGAAAUGGAGGAGAUCCGAUUCAAAAGGCGUUGUCUCAGCUACAAACACGAGCCAUCUCGUGUUUGGGAUUGCUGGGUCAUCAAACACAUGGAGAAACAAAAGAGGCUACAUUGAAGCAUGGUGGAGGCCUAAUGUGACCCGAGGCUUCCUGUUUUUGGACCGGCCCCCAACAGAGCACAUGCCAUGGCCUUCAACGGACCCUCCCUACCGCGUCUCUGAUGACAACUCGCGGUACAAGGACUACAACAGGCACCGCAUGCCAUUUGCAAUACGGAUGGCUCGAGUGAUUGAGGAGACGUUCAAGGCGGAUCACGGAGGAGAGGUGAGGUGGUAUGUGAUGGCAGAUGAUGACACUGUUUUGUUGUUGAACAACUUGGUUGAGGUUCUGUCUAAGUAUGAUCACAACAAGUACUUUUAUGUUGGGAUGAAUUCAGAGUGCUUUGUGUGUAAUGUUGUUCACUCAUUUGGGAUGGCAUUUGGUGGGGGUGGAUAUGCCCUCAGCUAUCCCCUUGCUAAGGCUGUGGCUGACAACAUGGAUUUGUGCCUCAAGAGAUAUCCAUUUCUCUAUGGAAGUGAUCUCAUUCUGCACUCAUGUAUUGCCGAUUUGGGAGUCUCUCUCACUCAAGAAUAUGGCUUUCAUCAGAUUGAUUUCAUAAGAGACAUCUCAGGGUUCCUAUCAGCCCAUCCGCACUCUCCUCUACUAUCCCUCCACCAUCUGGAUGCAGUUGAUCCGCUCUUCCCCUCCACCAACCGCACCCACUCACUAAAACUGUUGAUGAAAGCUGCAGCAGUUGAUGAAUCCAGACUGCUGCAGCAGAGCGUAUGCUAUCUCAAGAGAUACAAUUGGACAGUUUCUGCAGCGUGGGGCUACUCCGUCCAAUUGUACGAGACCCUUCUCCCACCCAGCCAUCUCUACCGCCCCCGCGAGACCUUCGCCCAAUGGAUGAAGGGCGCCUCGCCGCCCUACAUGUUCAAUGCUCGCCCCCUCUCUCACGACCCCUGCGACGCGCCUCACCUUUUCUUUCUCGCCUCCGCCGCCGCGCGCCUCACCAACUACACUAGAACGUCCCCGCGGGGUCUGCCGGUGUGCCGUGGCGCUCGCUCUGCCGAUAACGUCACCACAAUUCGCAUUGCCUCGCCCUCCAAGAGGCUGGAUUGGCAACAGGAUGAGGGGAGGAGAGAGUGCUGCGAUGUAGUGGAGAGGAUGGAUGCUUUGGAAGUUAAAUUGAGGGACUGUGGCGCCGACGAGAUGCUACUACCUUAACCAAUAUAUACACAUUAUUCGUCUCUUCAAUUUAAGUGCUACUGCACAGAAUUCAUUUUCAUGUACUAUUUGCCUUCACAAUUUCAAUAUCUUUCUCAAAUUUAUACUCAAUUGACUAUAGCUCCAAAUAAUGAAUGCAUAUUUCCUCAAAAUUUUUAA